AUGGGCAUCACAAGCAGAGUAACAGCAGGUUCACAGGAACAAAACACCAUCUCUCUGCUUCCCUCCUAUUUCCCCACUGCCCCCUUUUCCAUGCACAUCCCUUCAGAGUGGGUGAAGACCCUCCCUGUCAGCAGCCCCAUCCUCCCGCCCUUCACCAUACUCACCAAGGGCACCAAGCGGGAAACAGCCGGGAAGUUCAUGGCAAAGCCAGUCACCCUCUUCGCAUACCCUUCCGGUCUGCCCCAAUCCCUGGGAUGCGGUGUGGAGCUAGCGUUCACUGUCAACUUCACCUUCUCCCUCGUUCCCCAGUCCGGCGCUGCCGGGUCCAACGGCUUUGCGUUUGUCAUCGCAGCAAAGGCCAAGGUGGGGAGGGGGGACGGCGUGGGGUAUGGCGGGGUGGGGCCGCGGAGCCUGGCGGUGGAGUUUGACACGUUGCAGAACGGCAACCACAGCGAUGCCAGCCGGCAGCACGUGGGGCUCAAUAUCAACGGCCUGGAUCGAUCCUUGGUCGCUGAGGUGUCCCCUUACAUGCUCACGGAUGGCAACGCAUAUACGGCAUGGGUGGACUAUGAACCUGGUGAUCCCGGGGAUCCCGGCACCAUGCGGGUGUUUCUAGCUGAUUCCAGGAGGAAGCCAGAGGAGCCGCUGUUGCAGGAGGAGUUUUCCCUGUGUGCGGUGCUGCAGGGUGGUGUGCGGCAGAGCGCGUUCUUCUUUGGGUUUGUGGCGUCCACUACGGUGAAGCCGUUCCAGCUGCAUGGAAUUGUGCGCUCUGCCGUGCAAACAGGCGUGUUUCCACUCAAGCCAGUCCGCAUCAAAGAGCAAGCUCGCGGCCUCGCACUCACAUCAGUCACAUACGCUCCCCCUAGAGCCAGCCCCUUCCUGCGCUAUGUGAGCACGGACUACGAACUGGCGUCCAACGAUGACGACUCGUGGCGCAUCCGUGAUUUCCAUACCUGGAACUCUUUAGACUUCCUCGCAUGGCCGGUCAAGGACCAGGCCGACUGCAAUGCAUGCUGGGCAUACGCAGUGGUGGCGAGCAUAGAAGCAGCGUACGGCAUUGCAAGGCAUCAGAGCGCGCCACAGCUAUCAAUGGAGCCGCUCUUUGCAGCCAUGGGGCUGGCUGGUGCAGACAAGUGCUCCUCUGGAGGCUCACCCACUGAGGCCUUUGAGAAGCUCGUGACCCUUGAUGCCGGGAAUGGGCUUACUGGGGUCAGUCAAUCGACAACAAAGUACCCCAUUCAGGGCUUUGAGCGCACAUCAUUCAAGGGGUAUGUGGGGCUCAUGCUGGCAGUGCGGCGGCAGCCAGUGGUGGUUCACAUCGAAGCCUCUGCUGCCACGUUUGUCGCCUAUGAUGGGACGUUCAAGUACCAGGAUCCUGAGUGCUACACUGGCAAUCUGAAUCACGUUGUACUCGUUGUAGGGUACUUCAUUAACAGAAACGACGGCAGUCAGAACCGCAUUGCGCCGCCGUUUUGGAUCAUCCGCAACUCUUGGGGAGAGGAGUGGGGAGAUAGGGGCCACAUGCGCAUGGACAUUCAGGGAGGGGAUGGCGUGUGUGGUAUCAACGUGUUGCCUGGCAUCUACCCCGUUGUCAAGAUUCCGGGGGACCCAUGCAGCAGCAGCAGCUACAAGGGCGACCAGGAUCUCUCCGGCAUGAACCCGUGCGGUCGGUUCAGGUGCAAUGCGGUUGAUGACACCAGCUAUACCUGCAGCUGCAUCAUAGAAGGAGCUGCCAGGCAGCCGUUUGUUGAGGCUGACAACGGGAAUGGCGCCAGCACAUGUGCUUAUGUGGACGUGUGUGGAUCUUACUUCAAGAACCCUUGCUACGUGGGCACAUGCAUCAACGACGGCAGAGGCUCCUACGCCUGCAUCUGCCCUCCCAACUACAUUGAAAGCACAACUGUCUAUGACACCCCCACCUGCGACCCAGCUAACACAACAGCCACCAGCAUGACAGUCAGUGGAGACAACUGGUUGUGUUCGGAUGUGUAUCCACUUGUCGGCCUCUCACUGGCUGAUUUCACACUCCAAAAUGCGGCAGUGGACUGCAGCCACCCAUUGCCCAAAGGCACCGUCCUCCAACUGAACGGCACGCCCGCCACACCCUGCACUGCCUUCUUCUACACCCUCCAUGGAGACCUCUGUUCAACCAUCAGUGAACAGACAAACUUAGUUGAAGCUUUCAUUACUGCGCUCAACCCCGGGCUUGACUGCUCCGAGCCCAUCAAGGCAGGCCGUUCUGUGUGCAUCGAGCGUAACCCGGCAUUUGCGUUCACUGUCCCCGAGUGUGUGAAACACGGCAUGCUCACACCGCAAGAUACGUGUGACCGGCUGCUUCAGAGGACUGUCAACGAGCCGAACCUGAGCGCAGACCACUGGGCUGAGCUCUACCGCAACAAUCCCGGCCUCACUUGCUCUGACAGCAUCCCUGCCUCUGCCUCUGUUGUUGGCAGCAAGAUCGGCGUGCAGGUGAGGUCUUGGGAGGGUUGGGGAGAGGAGAGGAGAGGGAUGUGA